AUGGAGAAUAGUGUCAUUAGAUAUUUUAUAUUAUUUACCAUUAGUUUAACUAUUUGUUAUAUAUUAUUUACCCCUUCUAUUCUUAAUUCUGUUACUGGUUUAGAUGAAAAUGUAUUUGUUCAAUUAUAUCAUCCUAAUCUUCAAACAAUGCAAUCUUUGGUAGAUUCUGAUAUUUCUUUUAUUAAACUAAUAUUCGUAUCAUUGUCAGUUCAUAUACGAUUACCUCAAGAUAUUGAAUCUUCAUUAGUUGAUAUGUUAUUUGCUUAUAAAUAUGGUAAAGUAUAUGCUUUUGGUAUUUCAGUAAUCAUACAUACUUUAUCAGAAAUUAUUUUAUUUUCUGUAAUGUAUUCUUUGUCAAAAAUUUUAUCUUCUUUUAUUCCUAAACUUCAACAAAUCCAUGCUUUCUCUUCUAGGUUUUGGCCUUAUUUUAGUAAUGUAACACUAUUCUCAAUUUUUGUACCAAUUCUUCCUAUCCGAAUUUGUUGUGCAUUAUUUGGUUUAAUUGGAUUACCAAUAUUUGCAUAUGCCUUGGCUCAACUUCUCUCAGUAUUACCACAAACUUAUUUAAAUAUGAAUUUAGGUGAAAGAAUGACUGAAGUUGAAUCAAUUCGUUUUGAAAGUGAUAUCGUAUUUCUUGUCUUAUUACUAUUUGCUUUAGGGUCUUCAUUAACAAUUACCAUAACUUUUACAAUCAAGAAUUUCUUUGAAGAUAAAUUAGAUAAGAAUGAAUAA